AUGAUCCCUUUGACAGCCACCACGUGUUUCCUCGUCGCUGUCACGUUCUUGGCUCUCGCUCUGAUCUUGCUGGAUCACCUACGAUCCAAGAAAACCUCGAAAAAGAUCAUUGGGAGCGACAUCCUACCGGAACCACCUGGACCAAAACCAUGGCCGAUUCUGGGCUCCCUUCAUAUACUGGGACGCUACGAUAUCCCUUACAAAGCUUUCGCUGACCUUGUCAGAGACUACGACUGUCAGGUGAUCAAGCUCAGGAUGGGAUCUAUGCCUUGCGCGGUCGUCAACGGUCUGGAGAACAUCAGGGAGGUGCUUACCACCAAGGGGCAUCACUUCGAUUCCAGGCCCAACUUCACCAGAUACCAUCUGCUCUUCGGUGGAAACAAGGAAAACUCGUUGGCGUUUUGCAACUGGUCCGACGUACAGAAAAAUCGAAGAGAGAUGCUGCGAGCGUACACGUUCCCUCGCGCCUUCUCCACGCGGUACAACGAGCUGAACGGGAUAAUCGGUAACCAGAUGGAAUCCUUGCUGAAACAUCUGGACUCCCUCUCGAACACCGACGUGCACACGAAACCGUUGAUCCUCCACAGUUGCGCCAACAUCUUCAUCACCUAUCUCUGCUCGAAGAGCUUUCAUCUGGAGCACGCGGGCUUCCGCAACAUGGUCGAGAACUUUGACAAAGUGUUCUUCGAGGUGAACCAAGGCUACGCCGCCGACUUCUUGCCAUUCCUGAUGCCACUUCAUAAUCGGAAUAUGGCGAGAAUGGCGCACUGGAGCCACGAGAUCCGCAAAUUCGUCAUCGAGAACAUCAUCUCCGAGAGAGUAAACAAGUGGAACGGACUGAUGCCGGAGAAGGAUUACCUCGAUUGCCUGGUAAAUCACGUAAAGACUGACGCUGAGCCGCAGAUGUCCUGGAACACCGCGCUGUUCGUCAUGGAAGACAUAAUCGGUGGACAUUCGGCGAUCGGAAAUCUCCUAGUGAAGGUUCUUGGAUUCCUCGCCACACGACCGCACGUCCAGAAAGCUGCCCAAGAGGAGCUCGACGCUAUAGGCAUCACCGGAAACUUCGUCGGAUUGGAGAACAGGAGAUCGCUGCCGUACGUCGAGGCGAUCAUUCUGGAAACAGUUAGGAUAAUUGCCAGCCCUAUUGUUCCUCACGUGGCUAAUCAGGAUAGCUCCAUUGCCGGUUACAGAAUCAAGAAAGACACGUUCAUCUUCCUGAACAACUACGACCUGAACAUGUCCACAGAUCUCUGGACGUCGCCGGAAGACUUCGUGCCCGACAGAUUCGUGCAGAAUGGAAGGCUACUAAAGCCCGAGCACUUCCUGCCGUUCGGCGGCGGACGAAGAUCCUGCAUGGGUUACAAGCUGGUCCAGUAUUUGACCUUCUCGAUCCUGGCCACGUUGUUGAAAAAUUACACGAUAGUCCCUCUGGAGAAAGAGGACUACACGAUCCCCAUCGGGAACCUGGCGUUGCCCGAGAUGACCUUUAAAGUGCAAUUCAAGAAACGGUAG